CCGUGCGCGCUUGGCGAGCUGCGCGCACCUCUUGGGAAGGGAGGGCAGAUCGGGGCGCGCGCAAAUGGGGACCCCGCGGCGACAGCUCGGAGAGCCUCGGGGCUACCCCGGAGCGCCCGCUAGCCCCCAAUAACAGCUUCUGAUCGCGCCUGGCUUGGCACCUCCGAUCCCGGCUCCACCCAGGACGCACGGCGUGCACCGAGCCCCCUUCCUCCCUUUCCGUCUCUCAGUGCUCGGGUCGCUGAUCGGGGACCCCCUGCACCCUUGGAGUUGGGCGAUGCGCAGCUAACGGUCCCGUCGGGCGGGCUGACCUCGGUGCGCCCCAGCGAUGCAGUGUCCUGGGAGACGGCGGGCAUGACGGCGGCACGAUGGGCGCGAACAAUGGCAAACAGUACGGCAGUGAGGGCAAAGGCAGCUCAAGCAUCUCAUCCGACGUGAGCUCAAGCACGGAUCAUACACCAACUCAGGCCCAGAAGAAUGUGGCGACCAGCGAAGAUUCCGACCUGAGCAUGCGCACACUGAGCACGCCCAGCCCAGCUCUCAUCUGCCCACCGACCCUGCCCGGCUUUCAGAAUGGAAGGGGCUCAUCCACCUCCUCAUCGUCCAUCACCGGGGAGACCGUGGCCUUGGUCCAUUCCCCACCCCCAACUCGCCUCACGCACCCACUCAUCCGGCUGGCUUCCAGGGCCCAGAAGGAGCAGGCCAACAUCGAGAGGCUGCCUGACCCGUCCAUGGUGCACAUCUUCUCCUUCCUGCCCACCAACCAGCUGUGUCGCUGUGCCCGGGUGUGUCGCCGCUGGUACAACCUGGCAUGGGACCCGCACCUCUGGAGGACUAUCCGCCUGACGGGUGAGACCAUCAACGUGGAUCGCGCCCUCAAGGUGCUCACCCGCAGACUGUGUCAGGACACCCCUAAUGUCUGUCUCAUGCUGGAAACGGUCAUUGUCAGUGGCUGCCGGCGACUCACGGACCGAGGGCUUUACACCAUUGCUCAGUGCUGCCCAGAGCUGCGGCGCCUGGAGGUGUCAGGCUGCUACAAUAUCUCCAACGAGGCCGUCUUUGACGUGGUGUCGCUCUGCCCCAACCUGGAGCACCUGGAUGUGUCAGGAUGCUCCAAAGUGACGUGCAUCAGCCUGACUCGAGAGGCUUCCAUCAAACUCUCCCCGCUGCACGGAAAACAGAUUUCCAUCCGCUACCUGGACAUGACCGAUUGCUUCGUGUUGGAGGACGAGGGCCUGCACACCAUCGCGGCACACUGCACGCAGCUCACGCAUCUCUACCUGCGGCGUUGUGUGCGCCUCACAGACGAAGGCCUGCGCUACCUGAUGAUCUACUGCCCGUCCAUCAAGGAGCUGAGUGUCAGCGACUGUCGCUUUGUCAGCGACUUUGGCCUGCGAGAGAUCGCCAAGCUCGAGGGCCGCCUGCGCUAUCUGAGCAUCGCGCACUGUGGCCGGGUCACCGACGUGGGCAUCCGUUAUGUAGCCAAGUACUGCAGCAAACUGCGCUACCUCAACGCCAGGGGCUGCGAGGGCCUCACGGACCAUGGCGUGGAGUACCUGGCCAAGAACUGCCCCAAGCUCAAGUCGCUGGACAUUGGCAAAUGCCCGCUGGUCUCCGACACCGGCCUGGAGUGCCUGGCCCUAAACUGCUUUAACCUCAAGCGACUCAGCCUCAAGUCUUGCGAGAGCGUCACAGGCCAGGGCUUGCAGAUCGUGGCCGCCAAUUGCUUCGACCUGCAGAUGCUGAACGUGCAGGACUGCGAGGUGUCGGUGGAGGCCUUGCGGUUUGUCAAGCGCCACUGCAAGCGAUGUGUGAUCGAACACACCAACCCGGCCUUCUUCUGAAAGCUCGGGGCACCCCCACGAUGAACACCAACCCAAACCCCAAUGCAAUGAGUCUUUGUGCUUUGGUUUUCUUUUUUUCAGCUAUCGCUGGAGGUACUGCAACACCCACCCAAGUCUACCAUCACACUCGGAUUUGCUUCUUUUCUUCCAGGAAGGCUCUUAGGAAUCUAGCUUUAGUUUUAUCCUCCGUUCUUAUGGGCCAUAGAGGUGGGAGGAAGGAAAUGGCAGAAGGGGGACUAGUUGCAAUGACAGUCCAUGAAUGCUUUGAUGGUGAUUUAUUUUUAAUGCCAAGUCUCUUGUAGACAGUUGCAAUGCACCUGAGAUUCAUCUCAGCAGAAUGUUGGCAAUGUGAGGAAUGCCCUGCCCAUCUUUAUCUGACAAGCUGCACUCAGCCCAGAGCUCUCUAUGUCUGCCCUUCCUCUUCCUAUCUCUCCUCUGCCUCUUCAAACAGCACCAAGAAAUCCACCCAAUAGCACUGGUCAGACCCCACACUUUAACCUGCUUGUCUGGCUAAACAGUUCUCUGCAGUGUCAUAUGCCUGGCUAAUUCUGGAGAUGGAUGUAGUUGAGAGUGCUUCUUUAUCAAGUGCUUCUGAAGGCUCUUAAGGAAGUGCUUUGCCUCAGCAGCACAGGGGAGAGGCACCAGCCUUCUGUCCCCCACCACCCCUUGUCCUGCCUUCCCACCGCCUUUUCCCCAAAUCGCCCAUUAACCAGUUGCUUUGCUUAGACAGGGCUCUUUAUCUCUCUGGGCUUGGGCUUCUGGCACUGAAUCUAAGCCGGCCAGCUGGAGA